AUGUCUGCAAGCACCCUUGGCAACGCUGUCUAUUUCCCACUGUUUCUACGAUGGCUCUACGAUACCCUUGUCCUCGGCUUCUACUGUCCAUUAGCCUGGGGAUGUCCUAGAGACGUCCUCUCAGGUCACUAUAGCAAGCACAUUUCCUCCCUUGUCAAACCUAAUGCAAGACUGCUGGAUAUCGGCGUCGGCACUGGCUUUUUCAUGCAGAGGGCGCCUCUUCCUCCUGAUUCGAUAAUCGUUCUGGUCGACAUCAAUCAAAACCCUCUAGCCGAGGCUCAACACCGCAUUCAACUGGCACAUCCCGACGUCAUCGUUGACACAGUUCAAGCUGACGUCUUUGUGCUUGGCGAUCGCCAUACCUCGCAACUACCUUCAUCUCUGCAUAUGGGUAGCAACGGACAGUUCGACGUCAUUUCUUGUCGGCUUUUGAAACCAGAUGGUGUUCUGGUUGGUGCAACAGUAUUGGGCGGUGGAGUGAAACACAAUGCUUUUGGAAGGUUCCUCAUGUUCUGGCACAAUCUUUUGGGCGUCUUCCACAAUAACAAAGAUUACGCAGCUGACAUAGUUGAGCCACUCAAGGCCGGUUUCAAGUACGUAGACUGGCAGAUUGUUGGGACAACCCUUCUCUUUGAGGCAAAGGCACCGAGGGCUCGAAGUAUAUAG